UCCUCACUGUUCAAGGCUUCAGUAAAAAAAAAGUCUUGAUUCAGAAAACCAAUUAUGGUAUAUUAUUUUUUAAACUGUGGUUUAUAAAUUAAGGCAAUUUAACAAGGCUGUUAUAAAAACCUGCUGCUUUUCUGCAAAGCUUUAAAGCAUCCACUUAAAGCCAGAUGUCCAUUUUCAUGUCUGAUUCAGUAGAGCACUUGUUCAAAUGUUUGACACUAAUCUUUACAGUCUAGUAGUUCUAAAAUCCAUCCAACUCUAUGUCUAUGCCAAACCAAAACUAGAACACACAUAAAUGUCUCAGAACUGUUCACCAGCAUCAACAUAAACUUCCAUUAUUUUCCCACUUUUAGAAGUACACUUAAUUAAUUGAUAAUGAUGGAAGAGUGUGAUUAUGAAAAGGAUGUAUGAUUUUCAAAAUUAUCCAUUUGAUGUAUAGAUGCCAAUGCACAUUGGUAGUGUUAUGUUUGUACCUUAUGUGCAAUAACAUUUGCAUGGAGAAAGUAAGCUUUGAGAAACUUGAAACUAGUUGUACUUAGGUACAACAGAGCUGCUCAUUCCCAUGGUCUGAUCGCAUUUUAUGUGGAUUUUUUAUCCCUUAGUGCUGGAGACAAAGUGUACAAAAAAUGGCUGAAUGGGGAACAAGGGACAGUGAUGUCUGCAGAGACAGUGUGAUACAGACAGUAACAGGCACAGAAACUUGUACAGUUCUGUGGGUACCUGUCUGUAGGCAGACAGAUAAAAUUACUUUUGGAAACUGAAAUUUGUAAUUGCCUCCACAUUCCACAAUAAUUUUACUGGAGUAGCUAAAAUUAAAUUCAGCUUUUUACUGGAAGUGCAAGUUGGAAAGAAAAUAGUGAUGUUUUCUGAGCAUCUCUGGUGUGUUCAACACUACAUGAGUAAUCCUCAUACUAUAAAAUAUAGUUUGAAUUUUUGGUCAGGCUUCGCAGAUGCUGCUUUUAAAGUUGAAUAGGCCAUAUAUCUGCUUCUCUGUAUGAACUGUUGCAUUUUUAAUAGCUUGGGUUAUUUCUCUGUUCUAAGAAACUUCAUGUUGGCACACCUAUCAUUUUCAGUAUUACAUGUAGUUGUGGUUUUCCUCCAGCCGGGAACAAAGCCUGGACUUUGCUAUGAGUGAUUUACCACCAGCCUGACAUCUGAAAUCUUAACCUUCCCUGUGGCUAAAUGAAACUGGAGGAUCCACACAGACAGACAGAGGAUCUCUGCUCUGACCAGCAAUUACAAAUGAGACCUUUGCUGGAUGUGAUGAUCAAUUGGAGUGUGUGGGAGGAGAUCGAGGCGCUGCAGGAGGUGCUGGAGAAGCUCAAGAGCAAGAGGGGACCGCAGUACGAGAAGAAGUUCGGGCAGGUGCCCAUGUGCGACGCCGGGGAGCAGUGCGCCGUGAGGAAGGGGGCUCGCAUCGGGAAGCUCUGCGACUGCCCCCGGGGGACGUCGUGCAAUUCCUUCCUCCUCAAGUGCCUGUAAG